GGGACAAGCGGUUUGAUUGGGUGUAGUACUUUCAGAGAGCCACCCGUUCGUAAUCAAGGCGUUUACCUGGAUUUUACCUGGAAACUCACUCGGGAAGCCCGGAUCCGCAGAGGGAUUCGGGGAAACGUUUAGGAGAUUGGUUUUGAAUCUCCUGCACUGCUCCACUUUCAGUCGCAACAGAAGAAGAAGAAGAAGAAGAAGAAGUCACUCGGUGGAUACAAAGUAACCGAGGGUUUCCCCCCCCCCCCUAACUUCAGAGAUAUAUCGUCUGGCUCCGAUCCAGUAGGUCACCUCUCACAAACAGGAUUUUUAGCGCGCAAACAAAAUGUCGCCGAUGUUACAGUUUUAUGCCAUUUGCUGCGCAACAGGUAUUUUUGUUGCCUUCGCUCAACAAUGCGGCCGACCGACGAUAGCGACGAACAGGAUUGUGGGGGGGCAGAACGCCAAAGAAGGGGCCUGGCCGUGGCAGGUGGACAUACAGUCAGGCGGUGGUCACAUCUGUGGAGGUUCCAUCAUCACGGAGAGCUGGAUCCUGUCAGCCGCUCAUUGUUUCCCAAAUCCGGACGAGGUGACCUCUUACACCGUCUACGCCGGCCGCUACCAGCUGAACGGCGUCAACCGGCACCAGUCAACGCAUGGCGUGAGCCGGGUGGUGAUUCCGACCGGCUACAGAGACGCUCAGCAGGGGAAGGACAUGGCGCUGGUCCAGUUGACCGGCCCGGUAACCUGGUCCGAUUACAUCCAGCCGGUCUGCUUGCCCGCCGCUGGCACCCUGUUCCCGAGUGGCAUGCAGUGCUACGUCACCGGCUGGGGGAACACGCGGGAUAACGUCCCUCUGGCAGGUGUCGGGACUCUGCAGGAGGUGGAAGUGCCAAUCAUCUCCCAGAGUUCGUGUCAGGACAUGUACGGGACGAACCCGACCGAGGUGGUGGGCAUUCUGUACGACAUGAUCUGUGCUGGAUUCGCGCAGGGCGGCAAGGAUUCCUGCCAGGGCGAUUCAGGGGGGCCUCUUGUCUGCCAGAUGGUAAACGGCACCUGGGUGCAGGCCGGCGUGGUGAGCUUUGGACUGGGCUGUGCUCACCCCAACCAGCCGGGCGUGUACGCCAGGGUGACCGCCUUCUCCAACUUCAUCCUGGACACGGUGCCGGAGGUCCGGCUGUACGGCCGGGCUGAUCGGCUCGGGGGCGGGGGGGCGGCCCUGCUGGCCGCUCUGCUGGUUCUGCUCCUGAGUUAGAACGCUGGACGCUAGAACGCGAGGAGAGCCAAAUGAAGGAUGAGCUUAAAUAAAUGUGUGACUUGUGUCCAAAGUUAUCCUGAAAAGUAGAAUUAGAAAAUUGUAUCGAAUGUGCAAAUUAAGCCAUAUUUAACAACAUUUUUAGAACCAUAACUUUGCAUAAUGAAAUGAAUCCAAAUCACAAGCUAAAUAAGUAAAGUUCUGUAUUUGAAAUAAAAUGUUUAUUUGAUUCUUAAAAUCAGUUCGGUCAACAUCUAAUGUUUUAGCUGUUUCAUGUUGUUUAGGAUCAAAGCUUCAUUCAGAUUCUUGUGUCCAUCUCCAAUGGAGCCACUUUUAACUGUAAGCACUUCAGCGGUUGCCUUUGAAACAACAUCAAUAACAAACUUGUAUUGACCAAUAAACCUUUUGUAAUGUAAAUUAAA